AUGGCGCCCAGAUCAGCCUUCACUCGAUUCUGGCGGACAGAUCUUACUCGAGAUGGCUUCCUGAGCCUUCUAGACAAAGACGACCUCCGGGCCCUUCGCCUCGUGAACCAUGACUUCAGUGUGCACGCGGCUCGCUAUCUGUUUGCCGAGAUUGAAAUCUCAUUCCGGAGCAGCACUUUCACUCGUCCUGCUCGCAUGGCAGCGUUGGAACGCAUUGGCCGUCAUGUCAAGACCCUUACGUUCAAGAUCCCACACUCCCAGGAGACCUUCCUCCCUCCGCUGCUGGACCCUAUCACCGGGGAGGAGCAGACCUUUGUGUAUAUCCCGCAGGUCCAUGUUUCCAGCAGUUUAGCCUCACGAUGGAGCGAGCCCAAGUAUGGGAGCUGGGAGAUGACUGACCUGUUGGUCAAGCAAUACCCACCCCUGUUUCAUGCGGCGACCAAUGUUCCGUCGUUUGUGCGGGCCUUUCGCUGCAUGCCGUCCCUACGGCAUCUGAAGAUUUCCUGUGACGGACAGUCACCAGACCACCGGUACCGCCGGAGCGUGGUAGACUAUGCUCUCAUCUCCCUGCGUGUGGCUGUUGAGCAGGCUCCGCUGGAGUCGCUGGACACAUUGUCACUCCUCCCCAUUCAUCCCGGUGGCAUCCUCUAUCUCCGACCGAUGAUGGGAUUCGGCGCAUCUCCUGCGGGUCGCAAGCGCUGGAUGCAGAUUCGGAAGCUGGCCAUACACAUGGAAAGCUUUCCUUACGAGCGUGGCCAGACGAUGGAUCAUCUCAGACUGCUUCAUUCAUAUCUGGAAGGGUUUCCGAAUCUCCGGAGCUUCGUCUUCCGCUGGAAGGGGCUCAAAGGCCCGAGUCCUCUGUCGCUCGCAACGGAGCCAUGCCUCUGCCAACCGUCAUCCAAGAAGACGUGCUCGAUGAGAUAUGCGCGACCCCUGAGACCGCUGAAGUUCAGGCACUUGCGCUACAUGGAACUGGAAAAUGCGAUCAUGGACGCAUCGCAGGUAGCUGCCUUUAUCAUGGACCACCGGCGCACGCUGAGCGAGUUCGAGUUCGAGGAUGUGACCCUGCGCAGUGGCACCUGGGACGACGCGCUGGAACCACUGACGAAGAUCUCGGGGAGUGACAAAUGGAAAGAAAAGCAGGAGGAGGUGAUAGAGGUUCCGAUCAUCCUCAGUCCCGUGGAGGUAGAAACAAAGUCCAGUCACAACAUCUGGGAAGAGCAGAGGCGCAGGGCUCAGCUGCGCACGCUUCUGGAGAGAGCGAGCAAUCUGGCGCAGGCAAAAGCGAAGACGCGGGAGCUGUUCUGGGGCAGUCCGGAUCAUAUGAAGAAGUUCCUGCGGUCGUCGGUAUUCAGCUGGCGGUGA